AUGGCGUCGGUCAACCCUUUCAAUCUCAGUGAUUCUGAAGAGGAAGCUGAAAGGCGUCCUAAUGAAACGGUUGACACAGAGAGAAGCCCGAGUGACGGAGCGCCAGGGCCACCGCCGGGCAACCCAUUUUCUCCUCCGGCAGACGCCGAGCCUCCGACGCUCCUGCUGUCUAGCAACCGGACGAGCCCCAGUGGCGAGGGCAUCACCGUGUCGGCCGCGGCUACCUCCGCUAUGGCUGCCGGUGCCGAGGCGCGAGUAUCUGCGGAUGUCAUUGCUUCUCAGCUGUUGCGGGACCAGUACAUUCUAACGGCCCUGGAGUUCCACACGGAACUCCUGGAAGCGGGAAGAGAGCUUCCGCGGCUGAGAGAUUAUUUCUCCAACCCCGGCAACUUCGAGCGACAGAGCGGUACUCCACCUGCCAAAGACCAGGUGCUCGGACCCGGAGGACCACUGAAUCGAGCGGGCAGCAUUAGCACCUUGGACUCCCUGGACUUUGCACGGUACUCAGAUGACGGGAACCGAGAGACGGACGAGCGGGUGGCAGUGCUGGAGUUUGAGCUACGGAAAGCAAAGGAGACCAUUCAGGCUCUGCGCGCCAACUUGACUCAGGCAGCAGAGAGCGAAGUGCCCUCUCAAGAGAGGAAAAACUUCAAGUCAAGCCCAGACAUUCAGGAGCCUAUACGCCCACUGGAGAAAAGAGCCUUAAACUUCCUUGUGAAUGAAUAUUUAUUGAAAAAUGAGUAUAAACUUUCCUCCAUCACCUUCUCGGAUGAAAAUGAUGACCAGGACUUUGAGUUGUGGGAUGAUGUUGGGCUCAACAUCCCAAAACCCCCAGACCUGUUGCAGCUCUACCGAAACUGUGGCAGCACCCAGCCUUCACCCAGAGAUACGGUGGACGUGUCGGUCGGGGUGAAUUUCGGUGAUCUUCCAGGAAACUGCAUUGCUCAAGAGCUCCCAAAGAAGCCUGAUUUGUCACAACAGCAACAAACGGAAAUGGUGCAGGAACUGGAGUACCAGCUCAGCCUGCUCAGCAGUGAGAAGCAGACCCUCGCUGAGCAGAUCAAGAAACUGCAGAGUGAGAUUCAGACUCUGAAAAGGACCGUCGCCUCUCCACCUCAGGCCUCACUAAACCUGGCCUCUCAGAAUUCUCCUAACACCACCCCUUCUUGCUCUACCAGCCCUCCCUCUGUGCCUCCUGUAGAUAACGGCCAGUAUCUGGACAUCAGAGGGGUUUCAGAUGCGGACAAAGAUCAUCCCGCUGCUCAGAACACAUCCCAGCCCCACACACAGCCCUGCAACAAGAUAAAAUCUCAGCCAAGGGGCCAGUUUGACCAGCCUAACAGGAAGUUAUCCCCGGCCUUCCAGCAAGCCUUGCUGUCCUUCUGCAGAAUGUGCUCCGAUAGCCGCCUCGGAGCGGAGGUGUCGCGCAUAGCGGACAGCGAGGAGAGCGUGAUGCUCAUGCUGGGGCGAUGUCUCCCCCACAUCGUCCCCAACGUGCUUCUCGCCAAACGAGAGAGAAUGGUUACACAUCUUUGCCAGGAGUUGAUUCCACUCAUCUUAUGUACCGCAUGCCUUCACCCCGAGCCCAAAGAGCGGGACCAGCUCCUCCAUAUCCUCUUUAAUCUAAUCAAGAGGCCCGAUGAUGAGCAGAGGCAAAUGAUCCUGACAGGCUGUGUUGCGUUUGCGAGGCAUGUGGGUCCCACCCGUGUCGAGGCCGAGCUCCUUCCUCAGUGCUGGGAACAGAUUAACCACAAAUAUCCAGAGAGGAGAUUGCUGGUGGCUGAGUCCUGUGGAGCCUUAGCGCCUUACCUGCCUAAGGAGAUCCGCAGCUCCCUCGUGUUAUCCAUGUUGCAGCAGAUGCUCACAGAGGACAAGGCUGACAUGGUCAGGGAGGCAGUGGUCAAGAGUUUGGGUAUUAUCAUGGGCUACAUAGACGACUCUGACAAGUACUCCCAGGGCUUUGAGCUAAUGCUGCUCUCCCUCGGGGACCCAUCCGAGCGAGUGGUCAACGCAGUGCACCAGGUUUUCAUCCCUGCCUUUGCUGCCUGGACCACUGAGCUGGGAAACCUUUACACUGCGCUCAUCCCUUCUCUGCUGGCACGUAUAGAGAAGCUAUUAACGCAGGGGGAACAUGGUCUGGAUGAACACAAGCUACACAUUUUUCUGUCGGCCCUUCAGUCUCUCAUCCCUCCUCUGUUCGCUGUGGUGCUGCAGAACGCACCUUUCACCAGCAGAGCCAAAGUCAGCGGAGACACACCUCCAAUAGAAGUGACCCGGUUUCCCAGGCCGGCCUCACCUCUCCAGGAUGUGGCUACAAUCAUCGGCAGCAGAGAGAUGCUAAGUGCACUUCUGUUGCUCUACGAUCACCAGCUGGAGCAUGAGGGAACCACUGGGUGGGACAGCCUUCUAUGGGUGGUCAAUCAGCUCCUGCCUCAGCUAAUCGAGAUCGUGGGUCGCAUCAACGUGACGUCCUCCACCUGUGUUCACGAGUUCUCGCGCUUCUUCUGGAGGUUCUGCCGCACCUUUGGGAAGAUUUUCACCAACACUAAGGUGAAACCACAGUUCCAGGAGAUUCUUCGACUGUCUGAAGAGAAUGUCGAUGCUUCAGCGGGAAACGGUAUUCUCACUAAAGCCACAGUCCCCAUCUAUGCCACUGGAGUGCUGACCUGCUACAACCAGGAGGAAGAUCGCAAGCUUUUGGUAGGAUUCCUGGAAGAUGUGAUGACGACGCUGUCUCUGUCCCACGCUCCUCUGGACAGCCUGAAGGCCUCUUUUGUAGAGCUGGGUGCUAACCCAGUGUACCAUGAACUGCUCCUCACCGUUCUGUGGUAUGGCGUCGUGCACACAUCUGCUCUGGUUCGGUGUACAGCAGCCCGGAUGUUUGAGCUGCUGGUGAAGGGGGUGAAUGAGACGCUGGUAGCUCAGAGAGUGGUGCCGGCUCUCAUCACACUGUCCUCCGACCCUGAAAUUUCAGUGAGGAUCUCCACUAUUCCUGCCUUUGGCACCAUCAUGGAGACGGUCACGCAAAAAGAGCUGCUGGAGCGUGUGAAAAUGCAGCUGUCGUCAUUCCUGGAAGACCCUCAGUACCAAGAUCAGCACUCUUUGCACAUGGAGAUCAUCAGGACAUUCGGAAGGGUGGGGCCCAAUGCGGAGCCGCGCUUCAGGGACGAGUUUGUUCUCCCGCACCUUCAUAAGCUCGCGCUGGCUAACAAUAACCAGACAGUAGAAAGCAAGAGGAUUGACAUCGCCACCCAACUGUUUGAGGCGUACAGUGCCCUCUCCUGCUGCUUCAUUUCUGAGGAGGUGAUGGUCAACCAUUUCCUGCCCGGCCUCAGGUGUCUUCAUGCCGACAUGGAGCAACUGUCGCCAGAGCACGAGGUGAUACUCAGUUCUAUGAUCAAAGAGUGCGAAAUCAAGGUGGAGAACAGAGGGAUGGCAGACGCACAAGGGUCUAUUUCUAUCGCAUCCAGUUUGGUGGGUGAGGACGCCAAGACCAAGUUCCUGAGCAAGAUGGGUCAGCUGACCACCUCUGGCGCCAUGUUGGCCAACGUCUUCCAGAGAAAGAAAUGAAUGACCACUCAGCCGUGACAGCAAACUGACGAGCUGUUUUUUUUGGGAGAACCGUACUGGAGCAGACUUUGGUCCGGCUUAAAAUAGAAGGAGAGCCCCACGUGUAGUCUAAUCGAGUGAUGGAACAUCGUUAGCGCGGCCACGCCAGCUGCUGCUUUCAGGAGAACGCCAACGUUCUGUUUAGCUUCGUCGGUGAAAGCCCACCGCUCAAUUGUUCCGGCCCCUAAUCUUUCAACACGACAAGAGCGUCCUGGAUCGGCCUUUCAAUGUUUGAGUCAGUGUUAACGUUGUCAUUUCAGAGGCCGAGGGGAGGAAGGCGUCACAGAACUCUCUCUCUCUCUCAUUUCACCUUCCACCCCCUCCGUACGUAACGUUUCAGUGAAGAUUCACCCGUCUCCAGAAAAACGAAAAACCCUGAGCUGGAAUUUCAAGAGGACUCCCAGAGGGUGCCAGUUUGCGUCAUGAGGUCCUGAGUUGCAUUUGUGGGAGAAGCGAUCGCUACGGUUUGAAGCACAGUGCAUCUGUUUCCAAUGCCUUGCACAUGGUGUCCGUCUGGCUCAGAAGAAUUGCCUACUUGAAAACUGAAGAAAAGAAGAAAAAAGAGAUUGGUCUUGCCUUUAUUUCUUUAAAGUCUUUUUUUUGGGAUAGCUUCUAUUUUAUAACUUAUUUAUGUCUUAAUGAAGGAAAAAACUACUUUAUUCAAACUUCCAAAGAAAUUUUGCACUUCACUGUAAUGUUUUUUUCUUCACUAUGUACUUUUUGUUUGGGUUGUUUUAAUUCAGAGUCUUAUACAUGAUUAUCACUACUGUUAUUUUAUUAAUAUAUUUUUGGUUCCUUUGUUUUGGCAAUGUGAAGCUGAAGAGAACACUGAUCUUAAUGAUUCCUUCUCUGUCCGUUGCAUCCCGUCUCAGUGCUGCAGUGUCUCUUAUUGUACUUUGUUUUUUUCUAAAGUGGGUAUUUGCUUCUUUGUUCUUUUCAGAUACGCUCAGAGAGGAACAGUAAAUAACUGUGUCAUAACUGAACUGAGGAGAAACAUACUCAUUGUGUAUAUUUGAAAUUUGUGUCUUGGUGUAAUAAAAGAUGGAGCUGGGUUGUGUACUUCACUGACCGCCUGCUCGUGCUUUCAGACUUUUGGCAGUGUGACGAUGGAGGAGCACUCCCUGCUAUCACCGCGGCUCCAAGUGUCGCCAGGUGUUGAAAGCUGUAAACCAAAGGAGACGCACUCCUACUGUCUUUAACAUCGGGGCCUUUGAUGUGC